GAAGGAAAGCCCAAACCCGCAACCACGUCCCACUCCCACUACCGAAGUCGGCGGCGGGCGGAGGCAGCUGCAGGACAUGGCGUCGUCGUCUACUCCGGCGGCCAUCCGCGAUAUGCAGAAGGACCUCGAAGUCCAGGCCAACGCCCUCAGCAAGAUCCAGAAAGACGUCUCCAAGAACCACCAGGUCCGCAAGCAGUACACCAUCCAGGUGGGCGAGAACGAGCUCGUCCUCAAGGAGCUGGAGCUGCUGAGCGAUGGGGCGAACGUGUACAAGCUCAUCGGGCCGGUGCUGGUCAAGCAGGACCUCGCGGAGGCCAAGGCGAACGUCAACAAGCGCAUCGAGUACAUCUCGGCGGAGCUGAAGCGGAUGGAUCGGGCGCUCAAGGACUUGGAGGAAAAGCAGAACAACAAAAAGGAAUCGAUAUUCAAGUUGCAACAGAGGAUGCAGGCAGUACAAGCAGGACAAGUAAAGGCGUAGGCAUCUGUAUGUUUGUUGCAACUAGUCCAAAGGCCAUCCGGCAUUCAAUUCCAAUACCCUCCAGCUUUUCGUGUGGAGUUAGGUGCCUAGUAUCCUCGUCUCUAAAAAAAGGACAGAAGUGUUCUGUUCUAGUAUUGAGAAGUUCUAAAGGUUUGUCUAGUGAAGUAUGUUACUAUGGGCUCUCUGAUGUAAAAGUCUGGCACCCGAUAGAAGAUGUAGAACAAGCUUUUUAGUGGUAUCCUUGGAUGAACUUUUUGAUG